AUGCUUUAUCACAUCACAGUAUUUAGUCGGUUGUCCACCAUUAUACCCAAGGGUUGCGUGUUUUUAAUUAAAAUGGAUUGUGGAAGUUCAAGUAGUUCAUCGGGUUGGGAAGAGGAGUUGGAAGCUGUAGCUGCUUUUGUAGUUCUUGAUGAAGAAGAAAAUAAAACAAAAACAAGAGAAUGGGUCCAUGCAAUUAAUAAAAAAAGAGAAACUUUGGGUGAGUUUCAUAGACUUGUUCCGGAAUUAAAAAAAGAUACGAAACGAUAUCAUAUGUAUUUCCGGAUGACGAUGGAAGAGUUUGAUUUUUUACAUGAACUCAUUAAACCAGACAUAUAUAAACAAAAUACUCAAUUUAGAAGAGCCGUCAGCACAGAAGAAAGAUUAGCUGUUUGCUUAAGAUUUUUAGCAACAGGAAAUAGUUUUAGAAGUAUUGGAUUCAACUACAGAUUGGGAUUCAGUACGGUUCGAGAAAUUGUAAAAGAAGUCUGUGAUGCAAUAUGGAAUAGAUUGGGACCAAUCGUAAUGCCACCACCCACAGAAGAAAUGUGGAAAAAUGUUGCAGCAAAAUACAAAAAAAUGUGGCAUUUCCUAAAUUGCAUCGGUGCUAUUGAUGGCAAGCAUAUUAAUAUCCAAUGCCCCAUUAAUGCCGGAUCUACUUAUUAUAACUAUAAAGGUAGUCAUUCAGUUGUACUUUUAGCACUUGUUGAUGCAGACUAUAAGUUUAUUGCAAUUGAUGUCGGCUCAUAUGGACGGAAUAGUGAUGGUGGAAUUUUUUCUCAGUCAGUAAUUGGUCAAAAGUUGAAUAAUAAGACACUCAAUGUUCCAGAGCCAGCCCCUUUAACAGAAAACGGAGAUCCUCAGCCUUAUGUCAUUGUUGGAGACGAAGCAUUUCCAUUAAAGAGUUAUUUGCUUCGCCCAUACAGUAGAAACUAUUUAGGGGAUAAUGAGCCCAAUAAAAUAUUCAACUACCGAUUGUCACGAGCAAGACGCGUUGUCGAGAACGCUUUUGGAAUAUUGGCCGCUCGUUGGAGGUGUUUCCGUGGGCACUUAGAAGUACAACCAGAAUUUGUAGAUAAAAUUGUGCUUGCAUCGUGCUGUCUGCAUAACAUGUUAUGCGCAGACAAUGCGUUUGAACCCGAUAAUGAAUCAUUACAACUUCCAGAAGCAGCUUUAUUGAAUUUAGAUCCUCUAAGAAGAAAUAGCACUCGUGAAGCGUUUCAAGUACGAGAAAAAUUUAGAGAUUAUUUUAAUUCAGAUGCUGGUAGUGUUGUUUGGCAGGUGGAACGUGUUCGAAAAGGAAGAAUUCAUUCUUAA